UUGCGGAGGAAGGCAAUUUGCAUUUGGGUGGAAGUUGUUUUGAUUACCGACUGAAGGCACCAACGCGACAAUCUAGCGUUAGCAAUGCACCUGUCUCUACUUUAAUGUACUAUUUAGCUAAUUAAGUCACCGCGUAUCCUUGGAUUGAAACCGUAAAACGGAUGGCUCAGUGGGAGAGACUGAAGCAGCUUCAUGCUGUGUACAGACAGCAGUUACACGAGCUGUAUGACAGGGAUGCUUUACCCAUGGAUGUCCGGCACUACCUGGCAACCUGGUUAGAGAAACAGGAGUGGGAGAGAGCAGCUCACGAUCAUGACCUGGCCAUGGUGCUGUUCCAGGUCCUGCUGGAGAACCUGGAUAUCCAACACAGUCGCUUUGUCCAGGACGAGUCAUUCUUACUGCAGCACAACAUAAGGCGCUAUAAACAGAACUUUCAGAGGUACCUGGAUGAUCCAUGUCGCCUAGCAUGCACGGUACUGUGGUUUCUGGACAAAGAGAAGGAAAUCCUCCAGAGUGCCGAGCUGGCUGAGCAGGUCCAGUGUUUGCAAGUAGAACCAGAAGCCAUGGAGACGAGCAGCCAACAGGACCUUGAGCGUAAAAUGGCAGGCCUCCGGAAUGAAGUGCAGUGCAUGGAACAUACGAUAAUAUGUUUGGAGGAGCAGCAAGAUGAGUUUGACUUUAAAUUCCAAACCCAUAAGAUGGAAGCCGUGGUAGAUGAGGCCAUGAAGAAAGAACAAUUGAAACUUCUUCAGUCACUCGUUAACAGGCUGAAUAAUUGCAGAAAGAGCACACUGUCAGACUUAACUAAGCUCCUGGACAAGGCUGAGGAGCUGAUAGACUUACUGGUGAAGAAGGAGCUUGUGGAGUGGCAGAGGAGGCAGCAGAAAGCCUGCAUAGGUGCUCCGGACAAUGUUUGCCUGGAUCAGCUAGAGAACUGGUUCACCUGCAUGGCAGUGAGCCUGUUCCAGGUCCGGGAGUUUCUCAGUAAGCUGGAGGAACUUGUGGGAAAAGUGUCCUAUGAAAAUGAUCCUAUAAAGGCCCAGAAACCUGCACUGCAGAGGAGAGCAGAUAUUCUGCUACAAGACUUACUCAAGAGUUCUUUUGUGAUCGAGACUCAGCCGUCCAUGCCUCAGGGAAAGGGACCCCUGGUUCUGCGCACCAAUGUCCAGUUUUCUGUUAAGACCAGGCUCCUUGUUAAGUUUCCUGAACUGAAUCACACUAUGAAAGUGAACGUCUCGAUGGACAGGGAGGUACCUCACAUCAAAGGAUAUCGAUGUUUUAAUGUCUUGGGGACCAAAAGCAAAGUGUUAAACAUGGCAGAGAGCCAGAGUGGAGGCAUGGUGGCAGAUUUCAGACAUCUGACCCUGAAGGAACAGAAAUCUUCAGGUGGUGGCAAAGGAGGCAGUGACAUUUCCCUCAGUGUUACUGAGGAGCUGCACAUCAUCAACUUUGACACAGUGUUUGACCUGAAGGGGUUGUCAGUUGUGUUGCAGGCCUCCUCGCUGCCAGUGGUCAUCAUCUCCAACUCCAGCCAGCAGCAGAGUGCCUGGGCAUCUGUCCUCUGGUUCAACAUGCUGAGUCUGGACACAAAGGAUGUCAAAUUUUUCGCCAACAAUCCAACUGCCACUUGGCCACAGUUUGGGGAGAUGUUGAGCUGGCAGUUUCUGUCUGCUACCAAACGUGGUCUGAGUGAUGAGCAGCUGGAGAUGAUUGCGCACAGACUCUUUGGGAAACAGCGCAACUACGACAACUGCAAAGUUGCUUGGUCAAAAUUCAGCAAAGAAAACUCCCCUGAAACUUUCUGGGUUUGGUUUGAUGGCAUCCUGGUGAUGGUGAAAAUGUACCUUGAACAUCUGUGGCGGGACGGCCUCAUUAUGGGUUUUGUGAGCAAAGGCAAAGAAAAAUCGCUCCUGAAGAAAAAACAAAGGGGCACGUUCUUGUUGCGCUUUAGCGAAAGUGUUAUCGGAGGAAUAACUUUCUCCUGGGUGGAAUACGACAUUUUUGGUGAACCUUGCAUAAAGACCGUCCAGCCCUUCACCAAAGUUGACCUUACCCAGAUCCCCUUUCAUGAAAUCAUAAGGAAUUUCCAGAUCUUAGAGAGUGAAAAUAUCCCAGAAAAUCCUCUACUUUUUUUAUAUCCCAACACUCCAAAAGACAAGGCCUUUGGAAAAUACUACUCCGAGAAGAGUGGCGAUAAUAGUCCCUACAUCAAAUACAUCAAAACCAAGCUGAUGUUUGUUUCAAAAGAGAACUCACUGGAGGCUUGGUCACCCAUGCACUCUGAUAUGACACAGGGCGAAGGCCCGGAGCCAAGCAAUGGCACGUGUGCAGAGGAAGCUGAACCAAACGAGGACGCGCAGCCUGUGAUUUUACCACUGGAAACCUUUCAACCUGAUCCCUUUUUUUCUGUCGCGGCCCCACCAGACCCCCCAGAGGAUUUGCUGACGUACCUCAACAACCCCAACCUCUUUGAAUUUGAAGAGACAUCCCAGUGGUGUCUGAGUUCAGUCAUCUAGAAUUCCAUUCCCUCCCACCACAAGCCUGUGGAAGCCUUUUUCAAUAAGCAUGUGUUGUGCAUCUUUUCAUUCUUGCAUCACAAUAUCCAACCAAUCAACAUGCUACCGAACAUAACUGUUUGCUUUGAAUACUCUUCACAAAUACUUGACAUCAUGCACUGUUUAUAUGCACCUUUAUAUGCUUGACUAUAUUUUGUGACCUUUUAAAUGGAAAAUAUUAUGUUAGACCAUACACAAUACAGAUGUUAAAUAGCUGGGGCUCAAAUGGCAAGAGUCACAUUCUGUUAAUGUCCCAGGCACAGAACCCAAGCAUACUAGACCACUUAAAUCUCAUACGUUAUCAAUUCAUAAAACGUAUUAGCACUUAUUGACUAGGAGGCUGGUAUGUUUAUUAUAAGAUAUUGAAGAAUUGCUAAAACUGCACAUAAUUUAUUUUUUCUGACCUAAAGCUGAAUACAUUUUACUUCCUUUAAUUGUUUUUUUCUAUUGGCCAGUUUUCUUAAAUCAAAAUGUUAUGUCUUGUUUGUUAAAGCUUGGCAACCUAAUGUCAUUGACAGAAGGUACUGUAAUCAUCAUGGUAAAUAAAAUAAAAUAAAAUUGGCUUAAAUUGCA